ACGUCAAUGUUAGUCCCCUUAAAUCGCAUAUUGAUGACGUCAAUGCAGCGCUAUGCCCAUGUCUGGGUGAACAUUCUGGAAUUUUGACCGGCGCUCGACCUUUUAGCCGUUUGAAAUUGUUUCUUCUGUUAAGGUUAUCAUCUCAAGGUAAACAUGGUGAAGGAAACGGCUUUCUAUGAUAUAUUGGGUGUGAAAGCCAACGCCACUCCCGACGAACUCAAAAGGGCUUAUCGCAAACUCGCUCUCAAAUAUCAUCCUGACAAAAACCCUGCAGAAGGAGAGAAGUUCAAGCAAAUCUCACAGGCGUACGAAGUCUUGUCAGAUGCUAAGAAAAGAGACAUUUAUGACCGUGGAGGAGAAAAGGCCAUAAAAGAAGGAGGUGGUGGCGGCGGAGGAGGAGGAAGCUUUGCAUCACCAAUGGACAUCUUUGACUUGUUUUUUGGAGGCGGGAGUCGGAUGCACAGAGAAAGAAAAGGGAAGAACAUCGUGCACCAGAUUUCAGUGACGCUUGAUGAUCUUUACAAUGGCGCCACCAGGAAAUUGUCUGUUCAGAAGAAUACCAUUUGUGAGAGAUGUGAAGGUCGCGGCAGUCGUAAAGGGGCCGCCCAGAUGUGCAUGACGUGCCACGGUACGGGCAUGCAGGUGCGCGUGCACCAACUCUUGCUGGGUAUGGUCCAGCAGGUGUCCACAGUGUGUCACAGCUGCCAAGGCCAAGGGCAGCGAAUCAGCCAGAAGGACCGCUGCAAAGCCUGCGCGGGUCGGAAGAUCCUGCGACAGAAGAAGAUCCUGGAGGUGCACAUUGACAAGGGAAUGAAAGAUGGGCAGAAGAUACUGUUCCAGGGGGAGGGAGACCAGGAGCCGGGACUUGAGCCAGGUGACAUCAUCAUUGUCCUGGACCAGCAGGAACAUCCACAAUUCACCAGGAGAGGAGAGGACUUGACCAUGUCGAUGGAGUUACAGCUGGUAGAAGCCCUGUGCGGUUUCCAGAAGCCCGUUCAGACACUUGACAAGCGCACCCUCCUCAUCACUUCUCAUCCAGGGGAACUGAUCAAACCGGGCGACACCAAGUGCGUCUGCAACGAGGGGAUGCCAAUGCACCGCCGGCCCUUUGAGAAAGGCAAACUUAUAAUUCACUUUUCUGUGGUGUUCCCAAAAGCCAACUUCCUCCCAAAGAACAAGCUGAAGGAGCUGGAGCGCUACCUGCCGGUCAAGGAGGACGCGGAGCAGCCGGAGAGCAUGGAUGACGACCUGUACAUCUACGCCGACCUGGAGGACUGUGACGUGGAGAAUCGUAAGCGACAGCGGCAUCAACACUACUACGUGGACGAGGACGACUACACCAGCACCGGAGGUGUUCAGUGCCAGACGUCCUAGACCACAACACCAUUCACGUUACAAAAAGCCCAACCCUUCAUCUUCUUAAAUGAAGCGCCUUUUUUUGCACUUUUUUUGUUUUGUUUUGGUUUGACAUUUGUCAGCUGUCCAGCUCACACACAAAGUUGUCCAUGGUCAUUGUUUUUUUUCAAAGGCGAUGGCCAGUGGACUUUUUGUUGUCGCUGCAAAGACACUGUGGCAAAAUGUGUGGUCUUCUUACGUGUCUGAACAAGGCAGCAGCAUUCAAAUACGAUGCCAAUACCAGUAUGGAAGAACUCUUUUGUAGUGUUUCUAAAUCCCUUCUUCAACCCAACGUGUGAACGCAAACUUGAUUUUACUACAUUUUAUGCUAUUUUACCCUUUUUAAAAGGGCUGUUUUCUAAACAUUACCCGAUCUUAACAAAGCCAGGCAAUGGUACAUUUAAAAAAAACAAAAACUAAUUUAUAAGAGUGUUGAUUUUGGUUAACGUGCAAUGUGAGUUGCCAUCAGUGUGUUCAAAAUGUCUGCUGUUUAAAGGUGUGAGUGACACCUCAAACAUUAUAGCCACCUUUUAAAAACAGCAGCAUUUUAUUUACUUUAGGGACCAACAUGUGGGUUUUAAUCAUUAAGGAGGUAAAGGCCUAAAAGUUGUUAUGUGAACUGACUGACUUGGUAGGUGUGGGUCUGCAGGGUGCACACCUCAUACCUCAAUAAAGUGAUUGUCUUAAGCCA